AUGGCCGAAUCUCGGCCCAACACAGUUGGCUAUGCGACGGAUAGCCAACUGUUGGAUAACGUCGAGUCAUCAUGCACCCUGUUACUUCCCCAGACGCCUACCUCGUAUACUCCGCAACGUAGCCAUCGAUUGAAUGGCAAUGGGGCCGACCUUGAUCUUAUAUGUCCGCCCGCCUUUUUGGACGACGCCACAGAGCUCCUUGAAUAUACAAAUACUCACUGCGCUGAAGAUAGCAUCCACGAUUCCGAAGACUUUCCAUCCCUCCAGCAGACGCACGCCGAAUCUACCUCAGAGAGCAUUUGUGACAAAGCAUAUCCUUCUGUCUUAACUCCACUCGACAAACUAGAAGGAACAGUAUUUUCGGACUUCCGCAUGAUCGGAAGAGGUGGUUUCGGGCGCGUUGUACUGGCACAGAGGCUGCAGCAGGUUGGUGAAGAGUCGGUGCAAGACUGCGUGGCGAUCAAGGUCGUACGCAAAAGGGCGCCAUUCCAUUCACCAGAUUGGAGGCAAAAGCUGUUGACUGAGAAGGAGAUAAUGCAGCGGGUGACAUUACAGACAUGUCCGAGUCCGUUCUUGAUGAACCUUCUCUCGUCGUGGGUAGAUGAGAGUAACGUUUACUUCGUAAUGAAGUAUUGUCCGAUGUCUCUAGAUGAUCGCUUGCAAGAGUUGCGGGCUGCGGGAAGAUGCAUGGACGUUCGAGAAGCUAAGCUUUGUUGUGCAGAGCUGAUUCUCGGCUUGUCACAUCUGCACCACGAAGUGAAGAUAAUACACAGGGAUAUAAAGCCGCAAAACAUUCUCAUCAAUCGUGACGGCACGUACCUCUAUGCCGAUUUUGGCUUGGCCUUCGAUCCGAAGAAGAGAAAUUUAUGCGCUAGCAGCGUAUAUAAGGCCGCUGGGACAGACGGUUACUCUGCUCCUGAAGUCUGCGAUCCUAAAGUCCACAUUUUCGGUUACGGCCACAAAGCUGAUGUGUUCAGCCUCGGCUUGGUCCUUGCAGAAGUGCUUGGAGCGAACACACCACUAUAUGAGCACUGCUCCACGUGGACUGCGCAGGACAAGUUAAACAAAGCGACCGGAGUAAUAUUCGACCAAUGGGAGUGGAUGAGGCGCGAGCCCGUGGUCGACAAACUCGCAAACUUACAAAUCGACCCGCUGGCGAAGGGACUUUUGGAGAAGAUGCUUCAAACACGUUGCAGCCAACGGGCAUCAGCUAAGGACUUAAUGAAGGACCCAUACUUCCACGAUGUUGACUGGGGAAGAGUGUUGAACAGCCAAUACAGACACCCGUUCAAGCCUGUCAUGCCGACACUUGACCGUUAUCUCAAGACGAAUCUAGCAUUCGGGAGCUCGCUGAGGGACAUAAGCAGCAUAAAUUAUCCUUCCCACGAAGAGCUGAAAAUUAACAGCGUCGAUGAUGCACACGCUAGUUCUGGUUCUGAAGAAAGCAACGACGACGACUGCGACUUCCUAUUUGACUAUUCUCAAGGAGGCAACUUUACCAGUCCCACAGUAGACGCCAUGCGUGAGAUCUACGAGAUCCCGUUCAACGCAGCCUGA